AUGGGGAUUAUUCCAUUGGCAAAUUUACUGGGUUUCGCAACGGAAGAUAUUUCAUUACGUCUCGGUAAUACAAUUGGCAGUUUAUUAAAUGCAACUUUCGGAAACGCCGUCGAGUUAAUUAUUUCUGUGGUCGCUCUAAACAAUGGUCUCAUAAGAGUGGUGCAAGCUUCAAUUCUUGGAUCAGUAUUAUCAAAUUUGCUAUUAGUCCAAGGAUUUUGCUUUUUCCUCGGUGGAUUAAAAUACUCGGAACAAUCAUUCAAUGUCACAGCCGCACAAACCUCCUCCUCUUUGCUCGCUCUGGCCAUGCUCUCAUUACUAAUUCCGGCCGCAUUCUAUACCUCGAUAAAUAACGAAGAAGCAACCAAGGGAAUCUUGAACCUAAGUCACGGUACCGCUCUUGUAAUUAUCUCAAUUAUUGUGUCAAUAUCUGCCGAUUACAUGGUUGGCAGUAUAGAAGGAUUAGUCGAUACUUGGAACAUCUCGAAAACAUUCGUUGGAAUCGUGUUAAUACCGAUUGUUGGAAAUGCAGCAGAACACGUGAGUUCAGUGACGUUCGCAUUGAAAAAUAAAAUGGAUCUCUGUAUUGGCGUCGCAAUCGGCUCGAGCAUGCAAAUAGCACUCGGCAUGACCCCGUUGCUCGUCAUCCUUGGUUGGAUCCUCGGGGAACCACUAACCCUAUUUUUCGAGAGCUUCGAAACGUGUUCUCUUGUCGUCGCGAUACUAAUUGUCAAUUACUUGAUUGCUGAUGGAAAGUCGAAUUGGCUUGAGGGUGCUAUGUUGCUGGCUUCUUACGCAAUAAUAUCGAUGGCGUUUUUCUUUUACCCGGACGACGAGCGACUGAGCGUUAUUCCAAUUACACCCACGAAUAUGUGA